AUGGAUUCAUCAGAAAAACGAAGACUAAAUAAACUGUUAAGAAAGCCUUCAUCGUCAUCGCUUGGAAAAGCUCUAGGUUUGAGACAGAAGCUGUCUCGUAAUUCACAAAAGCAAGCCAAAUGUGCAUCUGUUGUAUCUGAAAAGGUGCCAAAGCAGGAGAUUAAUGUUGAUGUUGCUACUUUGUGUGCUGAGAUGUGUGGCGUUUCUAACCUAUCGCAAUCUGCAGCCAAUCUCCUUCAGAAACAUUUGAAUCAAAUAGCUCGACUUUUAAUUCAUGAAGUCCUUCGAGUAAUGGAACAAAGUCGUCGAGGUGUCCCUCAAGCGUCCGAUAUUGAUUUGGCUUCAGUUUUGAUCGGACUUGAAAGUCCUUUCGGAACAACUACUGCAAAUUUUCUCCCAAUUCGUACGGGUGGUCGUACUGCAAGUUCAGGUCCUGGUGGCAAAGUUUUUUUCAUUCGACCAGAUAAGGAAAUCGAUGUCAAAGCUUUAUUACUUCGUGAACCAGCAGGUGUUAUCUACGAUGUUAGUUUAGUUGCUCAUUGGUUAUCAGUAAAUGGAAAACAGCCUACAUCACCACAGAAUCCUCCACCGGAUUUUUUAGCAAAGAUGGCUUUGUUAAAUAAUUCAUUUGGAUCUAAUAAUAAACAGAAUAAACGACCAAUUAGUCACCAAAAAAAUGAUGAUAUAAAUUCAUCAGUUGAAAAACAUUCUAAAAUUGGUAUACAUAAUAGUAACCGAGAUAAAUUAGAUUUAUUAUCUGGAUCUCAUCCAAGAAAAGUUUUAGCAGUGUCUAUCGAGCGUCGUCCUCAUGAAAUCAGUCAAGAGGUGAUGAUUUACUUUCGUGAAUUAACUGAGGCAUGUGUUGGUGCUAAUGAAACUCGACGACAUGAGGCUCUGGACAAUGCUACAUUAGAUCCAGGACUUCAGCCAAUAUUACCUCAUCUUAUGACAUUCAUUACAGAGGGUGUAAGAAUCAAUGUAACUAAUCAUAAUCUUGCUAUAUUAAUUUAUUUAAUGCGAUUAGUUAAAGCAUUAAUUGAUAAUCCGCAUAUUUCACUGGAACCAUAUUUACAUUUACUUGUGCCUACAGUGAUCACAUGUGUACUUAAUCGUCAAUUAUGCGCUAAACCAAUUACAGAUAAUCAUUGGGCACUAAGAGAUUUUGCCGCUAAACAAUUAGUAACUUUAUGUAAUAGGCAUAAUACUUCUAGUAAUGAAUUAUACGGUCGUGUUACCCGUGAACUUUCACGUGCUUUAUGCAGUUGGAUUGAUGGUGGUAGUACUUCUAAUAGUUCUACAGAAAAUUGUAUAAAAUUAUCAAAUCCUAAUGUACCAGUAAUUGUUAAAAGUGAACUAUCAAAAUAUGCCUAUGAUGAAAAGUCAGAUGAAACGAAAUUAUGUAAAUAUGAAAGUGAUCGUUUAACCAGUUCACUUACAAAUACACCAAUAUCUACUAUUACCACUACUACUACUACUACUAAUAAUAGUAGUAGUAUCAAUACUGCAACUGGUAAUAAUAAUACUAAUAAUAACAAUGGACCUAGUUUAGGUAGUGCUAUACAUUCAAUGAAUACAUUAUAUGGUAUAAUUGUUGCAUUAGCUGAAUUCGGUGCACAAUGUUUACGAAUGAUGGUAUUUCCAUUAUUGUCUUCGUUAUGUCAUCGUUUAACUAAAUUAACAGAAUCAAGUCAUACAAUAAAUGAAUUAAAUGAAUUAAAUACUUCAGAUAGUAAUGAUUUAAAGCCUACACAACAACAACAACAUCCAGUACUUUCGUUAAGUUUGGGCGUAAAACUUUUACCAGUUGAUCAACGUUCAUUUGAUUUUCUUAAAGUUAUGAUGACGAAUCGUAUUGCUCCAUUACUCAAUGAUUGGCGUAUACGUCAAGGACUUGGUGUUACACUGGAAGAUUAUCGCGCCUCAUAUGAAUGUAUGGCUGAAUGCCUUUUUGUUAUGAAUCAAAGCAAUACUAAUACUAUUACCAACACUAAUACUACUGCUACUACCAAUAAUAGUAAUAAUGUAAAUACGAAUAUAAUGUCAAUUACCAGUACUACUACUACUGCCACCACUGUUACUACUACUGCUGUUAAUACUUCAUCUACCCAACUUAUUGUCAGCAAUCCAGUUUCUAAUCCAACAACUAAUCAUGGGACCGUCAUUUUCAGUAGUGUUAGUAGUAGUGCUCCAGCGAAUAAUCCUACUGUUUCAACUAUUAUCAGUAAUAAUAAUAAUAAUAAUAAUAAUAAUAAUAAUAAUAAUGUUAAUCUUUCUACAUCAACCAGUAUUAUUGUUACUAGUAAUAUAACAGCUUCCAAUAUGAAUGUUUCUAAUAAUUAACAGAAUUAUACAAACCGAAUAUGUAACUAAUAACAUUAGACGUUGUUAUUGUUACUCGCAUUUCAGAAAAAAGAAAUAGAGAUGGUUAAAUCAAACUCAUACAUGUAAACAUGUACGAAUAGGAAACAUUUUACUGUUUGUCAAUUAAUAUUUAUUCAUUUAGAGAAGAAAAGAUCAAUGACAGUAAUCAUCAGUUUAAUAUCUGAGCUUGUAUUUUUUUUUGUAAUUUCUCAUUGUUUCCACGUAACAACCUUCAAUUGUAUGUAUAUAUAUAUCUUCUCAAUAAUGUAUAUUUUUUCUUUGGAUGGAAAUUUCAGAAAGAUUUUCUCUUUGGUCAAACUGCGUACUCCUCCCUUGUGAUAACUAGGCUCCUGUUUCUAUGGUUCCUUUAUUUGUAGGCAAACAUCUUGGGUUUAGAUACUAUUUAUUGAAAAUAAGAAAGAUUAAUUAAGACCAGACAUUGUGUAUACCAUUGAAUUCCAACUCAGUGGUCAUGAGAUUAAGCGUUAUCACACGUAACUGAAGGUCCUGGGUUCGACCCUUCAGUGUUAGGGUUAGGGAUGCGCAUUUCUAAGGGGGGGGUCUAUGCUAGGACGAAAUAGCUAUCUAGUGCUUCUGUGUUGUCUAAGAUUAUCCUGUUAAGUAAAAUAUGAACAUUUAACAAUCUCGAUAUAGCCUUAUCUAUUUUAGCGGUCAGAAGUGUAUGAGUCUUGUAAAGAUACAGUUGAUCCAGAAUUAUGUAAUGAUAAGUACAAGAAUAUUAAAAGAUACAGUAAGAUUAGGAACAGAAUUAGGUAGAUGUGUUUCCUCUCACUAACAUGGCUCAUUCAUUAAGGAUAUACAAAGAAAUUUAGAUGUGGUCAUUAAUCACUUCAAUUUCGAGUCAUUUCUGAUAAGAUCUUGAGCAUUCAAUCCAGACAACUGUUGUUUGCUAACAUGCGGCGAUUUUUACCUUUUCAUUGUCCUAUGGAUCUAGAACCAAUGAGUUAUUAUAACACUGAAAAGAAACAGUGUAAAAUGGGACAGACAAGUUAGCUACACAUGGUCAAAUGAUAAUGUUUUGAAGAGUUUGGAUAGGGUUGAUCACAAUAAAUACACGAAAACAAAGAUAUUAUAUACCAAACAAUUCAGUUAGAGUAAGAAGGAACGCAAUCGAAAUAUACUUCAUCCACUUCGUAGACGUAUCUGAUAAUUUAUGAAGGCUACAGCAGAAAGCUACACGACACGGAGGGUCCACCUAGGGGA